CUCACUCCAUCGUUGUAGCAAGGCGUGAGUUUUGAACUUUUGGGAUAGCUUAUCGUUCAGUGUUUGCUUCGGUUUAUGUGAAGCAGUUGUUUUUGAAGAAGAAGAAAUGGCAUCACAGAAGGAGAGAUCUCAACUCGACGCCAAAGCAAGGCAGGGCGAGACCGUGGUACCUGGAGGUACUGGUGGGAAGAGCCUCGAAGCCCAGGAACACCUCGCUGAAGGGAGGAGCCGAGGGGGGCAGACGAGGAAGGAGCAGCUGGGGACAGAAGGGUAUCAUGAGAUGGGUCGCAAGGGCGGGCUGAGCACCGGAGACCAGUCUGGUGGAGAGCGUGCGGAGGAGGAAGGGAUUCCGAUUGACGAGUCCAAGUCCAGGACCAAGAGCGAAAUCAAAUGAGCUUUCUUGAUAAUUUAGCUAGCUAGUGUCUUUGUAGACUUGUAGUUGCUGUUUCUGCGUGUCAGCGAGUGUGAGAUAUGUGGGUUGUGAGUGUUUUGUGUGGGCUGAGAGGCGGUUGUUCUCUGAUGUGUGGUCUCCACUCUCUUGUUGGUGCCUCUCAGAGGGUCGUGUAUAGGACUGGUUGCUUAUGACUUUUCAGUAAAGCACUAGUUUUUGCUUA